AUGGAUCCUGCCGACAAUCUACCCCGACCUUCAGCUUCAGAGACUUACGGGAGCAAUAACUUCCCAGUCGCUUCAGACACUUACGUUGCCUCGGACUUUGUACUCUUCAACCAUUUCAUCACAUCUACCUCCCUCUGUUUAUCUCUUAGGAGCCAAAAUGAGGCGAUAUUCCCAUGGAAGACAGCUCUUCCAACCCUGGCGCCGAUGUACCCGUACCUCUUGCAUGAAGUGCUAGCUGUAGCUGCUAUUCAUCUGCAUCACCUCCAUCCAGACGACCCAGCAAACUACCUGCGCAUUGCCUGUGACCAUCAAGCAAAGGCCUUGAGGCAGUUCCGCGACGCUUUAUCACCGCAACACGCAGAACAUCAAGCUCACGCUUUGUUCGCCUGUUCAGCCCUCAUGUCGAACUACUAUUUCGCUGCGUUCGACGACCCGGCCUCUCUUCUUUUCAACCAGGACCCUUCGGGCCCUCCUGCAUGGAUUCUUCCUAUUCGUGGCUGUAGUACUCUCGUGCGUCAGUUGAAGAAUCGCAUGUUUGACAACUCCUCAUGGACCGCACUAAUCGGGUCUCUGUCAUCUUGGUCUGACACGGCUCCCUCACACGAAAUGUUGGAAUCCGAUCGAGAGAUACAAUCACUGGAGUCGAGGCUUGAUGAACUAUCUCCAUGUGAAGGACAGCUAUCUCUGUACAAUGAAGACUUUCAACUUUUAAAGAGAUGUUUUCGAAUAUCUAAGAAGGCGGAAGAUGGUUCUUCCAAAAUUGCGGCCAUGAUUUUUGCGGCCACCGUAUCUGACGAGUUCUUGCAUGAUAUGUCUGAACGCAAACGCCCAGAAGCACUAGCCAUCAUGGCAUUCUGGUGUGUUCUGCUUAGCCGAUUGGACCCGAAGUGUUGGCUUAGAAAUGAGUCUGUGCCCCAAACAAUUUUGAGUGUCAUAGAAUCACAUCUUUCCGCCGAUUACUUGGAAUGCAUACAAUGGGCUGUGCGACAGAUCAGGUCUUCAUCUACCAAGGUCACAUGA